GAUUCCAGAGCAGGUUGCACAUUGGUCCUGGGUGGCUCGCAGGCUCAGGUCGUGCUUGGGCGUCCUCCUCCUAAUCGUUUCCGAAGUAGCAGCACCAGCAGCACCAGCGGCAGCAGCAGCCGAGGCGGCGGCGGCAGCGGCAGCAGCAGCUCAGCUGCACAGCCAGCAGAACUGUGCAGAAGCGAGCACCGUUUGGGGAGUCCGGGGGGCGGGUAAGAGGGAGGAGGGGGAAAACCUGUCUUGAUCUUUGGAAUUAUUUUUCCCCUUCUUUCCCUCUUUCUUGAGGGUGUGUGUUGCCCCCUCGAAGUGAAGGAAUUUUGCUCCAAAGCGAGCUGGGACCGAAGACUCUAGGCUAAGUUAUCUCUCUAUGUAGAUGGUGUCAGGGAGCGAAGCUACUGACCGAGCCGCUGUUACAUCCAGCUUUUUAUUGCCUAAGCAGACUGGGACUUGCUUGGUCGCUCGGCUCUGCCGUGGAGCACUCCUGUAAAACCAGCUGAAUUGCACACUGAAGAUCCACCCUUUUGGUGGCAAAGUGACAAGUGCCAAAACUCAGGCCUCACUUUUCUAAAAGUGUCGACUUUCUGCCAGACCCAGAAUAAUGGAUGUGAAGGACAGACGACACCGGUCUCUGACCAGGGGACGGUGUGGCAAAGAGUGCCGCUACACAAGUUCCUCCCUGGACAGUGAAGACUGCCGCGUGCCCACGCAAAAGUCCUACAGCUCCAGCGAGACUCUGAAGGCCUAUGACCACGACAGUAGGAUGCACUAUGGAAACCGAGUCACAGACCUAGUUCACCGGGAGUCAGAUGAGUUUCCAAGACAAGGAACUAACUUCACCCUUGCGGAACUGGGAAUCUGUGAGCCCUCCCCGCACCGAAGUGGCUACUGUUCUGACAUGGGGAUCCUUCACCAGGGCUACUCUCUGAGCACAGGGUCUGACGCCGACUCCGACACAGAGGGAGGGAUGUCUCCAGAACACGCCAUCAGACUGUGGGGGAGAGGGAUAAAAUCCAGACGCAGUUCCGGCCUGUCCAGUCGUGAGAACUCAGCCCUUACUUUGACCGAUUCUGACAACGAAAAUAAGUCAGAUGAUGAGAACGGUAGGCCUGCUUCUUAAAUACCUUUUCGUGUUCUGGGUACGGCACAUUAUGGCGUUUGGGAUGUCUGUUUUUUAAAUAAAGA